AUGAAGGCUCUCUUCGCGAACCAGAAGAAGUCCGCUGGGCAAGUGGGUGACAGCUCUCUUCCCGAGGUACCUGCGUAUACUGAGGGUAAUCUCCUCAACGAGAAGACCAGGCCAGCUCAGCGCAAGCCCGUCGUCGACCCAGCUACGGUUCUCUCCGACCAGAUGGCUGUCUUAGGACUUAGUGGCGGCGACUCCCAGAGCGGAAGCCAGGUAUUGGCGCCUGACGCUCCAUCCAACCCCAUUGACAUCAAGAGCGCGCACGCCGGCAUCAAUGAGGACAGCGUCUUGAAGCAGUCCAUUGACAUUGGAGAUCAGGAGGAGGCCAAGUUGAGGGAGUGGUGCACUGGCUACCCACCCAAGGCACCCUUUCUCGGCGCUAUCCCCGACUCUCCACCGCGAGCCAGCCUGUCACGCCGAUCCACCCUCGCGGAUCGUCCCGAACUCGACCACCAGCUGGCGGAGACCAUGGUGUUCUACCACGGCUACAAAUGCCUACCGCUUACGGUGCACACGAUUCAUCGUCUCUCGCCGUUCUGGAAAGGCGUCAAGCCAAUUGCCAACUACGGCCUCUUCAAGCGAGUCAUCAUCGACAAGGAAAUCAACUUCGUGCAUCCCGACCACGCCAUUGCGGCCCUGACGCGUAUUGGCCAGCACUGCAAGCACCUUGUCAUCAUCGCGCCGAUCCAUACGAGCGAUCUUGGCGAUGUCUUCAAUCGCGAGGCGCUCAACAUCAACACGGGUAACGACUGGGACGAGAUUCUGAGGUGCCUUCCGAACCUCGAUUAUGUCACGUUCGAGCACCCGGAGGAUGAGUCGGCUGAGCUCACUCGGAAGACGUAUACGGCCUUCGUCCAAGCCCUCUCCGGAGCCGACUCGGAAUACAUCAAGUCCGUGAACGUGCGCAUCCCACCCCGGGUCAUGGCCAGCCUGAAUGUCAAUGUCGCCAACGGCAUGGGCAAUGGAGGCGCUCUGGGAUCCCUCAACGGCGGACAGUCCUAG